UAUAUUUCAUUCUCCUCAAAUUGUUUAGUUUUAUAGAUUAUCAGCAAAAAUGGUUGGAGUUUUUGGUAAAAGUGUAACUAGUAUGUAUAACCAUUUACUUAGAAAUAUUUUAGCUCCAAGCAAGAAAGUGACGACAAAUACCUUUCGAUAUACAAGUUUCUAUAACAAAUUAUCUGCGGAAGAUAUAUGGCGUGGAGUUACAUCUGUAAGCAAUGCCGGCAAGAAGAGAGGAAGAGGGAAAGGAUCUGGUAAAAGAGUGGCAAAAGAUCUAAACAGAGGGCAGACAAUAGGGGUCGGAAGCAGAAAUUUCGUGUGGCCUGGAUUGAAUGCACCAAUCGUUCGUGGGAAAACUUUAAUUCAACAAGAGCGUUUAUCUGAGGUUAACAAUAUGGAUCGAAAUAUAAACAAAAUUCGAGACCUAAUGGGCACUUAUCGAAUCGCAAAAGUGAACUCAAUUGAUCGUGGAUGGUCUGGAGCGAAAAUGCCAGGCCGAAGCAUAGGACCUCCGGAUGCUAUAAACGAAGAAAUGUUCGAAAAUUUUGACACAAGGGUGCUUGAAAAUAAAAUUGUAUUUAUAAUGAAAGGAAAUAUGGGAAGAAAGCGGCGUUACUCUGUUCUUUCAAUAACAGGAAACAAAAAAGGUUUAGCUGGCUUUGCAGUGGCAAAAGCUCCUGAGGUUCGUACUGCUUUGAGGAAAUCUAAAAAUCGAGCUGCUCAGAAAGUAAUAAAAAUUGAAUUGUGUGAUAAUCAUACAGUAUUUCAUGAUUUUUCUUGUGCAUUUGGCAAAACUAGAAUUUUUGUUCAAAGAAAACCGGAAGGAUAUGGCCUUGUUUGUCACCGUGCGAUCGAAACUAUUUGUAAAGUGAUUGGGAUUCGAAAUUUACAUGCAAAAAUAGAGGGAUCCACAAAUUUGCAACACAUUGUCAAAGCAUUGUUUUUGGGAUUGCUGCAGCAAAAAACUCAUGAAGAAAUAUCAAGAAGAACAAACUUACAUGUAAUAGAGUUUCGCAAUGAAACUGGACUACAUCCGCAUAUUAUUUCAAAGCCAGAAUCUUGUAAAGCAAGUAAAGGUCCUUUGUUAAAAGAGGUUGCAGAUUAUACUCAAUAUGUUUUGGACGAUAAAAUUAGUUUGAAAAAAAGGAAGUUUGCUCCUUUUUAUAUAGAUAGUAAAGGCUACAACUUAUUUUUAAAAAGAAAAGAACAAGUUCGUAACCAACAAAAGGUUCGCGUCAAUAUGAAUGCAUUUGAUAAUGAUCUACCAAGCGUUUGACGGAAUUACUAACUAAUGUUAUUAUCGGUCUUUAUAUUAAUGGUGAUUCUUGUAAACAAGCUUUAUUUUAAUAUUAUUUGCAAAAAGAGCAAUUUCUGAUAAACGAAUUUCGAUUACAAUAAAAAUGGAAAUAUCUUUCAUGCAA